AUGCACUCCAGCACCCCCAUCAGCUCCCUCUUCUCCUUCACUAGCCCAGCAGUGAAGAGACUGCUAGGCUGGAAGCAAGGAGAUGAAGAGGAAAAGUGGGCAGAGAAGGCAGUAGACUCGUUAGUGAAGAAAUUAAAGAAGAAGAAAGGAGCCAUGGAUGAGCUGGAGAGGGCCCUCAGCUGUCCAGGGCAGCCCAGCAAAUGUGUGACAAUUCCCCGGUCCCUGGACGGGCGGCUGCAGGUGUCCCACCGCAAGGGUUUGCCCCAUGUCAUUUAUUGCCGAGUGUGGCGCUGGCCUGACCUCCAGUCUCACCACGAGUUGAAGCCGCUGGAGUGCUGUGAGUUCCCAUUUGGCUCCAAGCAGAAAGAGGUGUGCAUUAACCCCUAUCACUACCGCCGAGUGGAGACUCCAGUGCUGCCGCCUGUCCUCGUGCCAAGGCACAGUGAAUAUAACCCCCAGCUCAGCCUUCUGGCCAAGUUCCGCAGCGCCUCCCUCCACAGUGAGCCUCUCAUGCCGCACAACGCCACCUAUCCGGACUCUUUCCAGCAGCCUCCGUGCUCUGCCUUCCCUCCCUCGCCCGGGCCCGGGCACGUGUUCUCACAGUCCCCAUGCACCGCUGGCUACCCUCACUCCCCAGGAAGCCCCUCGGAGCCAGAGAGCCCCUAUCAACACUCAGUUGACACACCACCCCCGCCUUAUCAUGCCACAGGAGCCCCAGGGACCCAGAAUGGCCGACCCGUAGAUGCCACAGCUGAUAGUCAUUUAGUGCUGUCAGUGCCUAAUGGAGACUUUCGGCCAGUUUGCUAUGAGGAGCCGCAACACUGGUGCUCAGUCGCCUACUAUGAACUCAACAACCGAGUUGGGGAGACGUUCCAGGCCUCCUCCAGAAGCGUGCUUAUCGAUGGAUUCACAGACCCUUCAAAUAACAGGAAUCGAUUCUGUCUUGGACUUCUUUCUAAUGUAAACAGAAACUCAACAAUAGAAAACACCAGGAGACACAUUGGAAAGGGUGUGCAUUUAUACUACGUCGGGGGUGAGGUGUACGCCGAGUGUGUGAGCGACAGCAGCAUUUUUGUACAGAGCCGGAACUGCAACUAUCAGCACGGCUUCCACCCGGCCACCGUCUGCAAGAUCCCUAGCGGCUGCAGUCUCAAGAUCUUCAACAACCAGCUCUUUGCUCAGCUGCUGGCUCAGUCGGUUCACCACGGAUUUGAAGUCGUAUAUGAGUUGACUAAGAUGUGCACUAUCCGCAUGAGCUUUGUUAAGGGCUGGGGAGCUGAGUAUCAUCGCCAGGAUGUCACGAGCACCCCCUGCUGGAUUGAAAUUCAUCUUCAUGGACCACUGCAGUGGUUGGACAAAGUUCUGACUCAGAUGGGCUCUCCACAUAACCCAAUUUCUUCAGUGUCUUAACAGCCAGUCAUGUCUUAACCUACAUUUCUAUAGAAUAGAUGCUAUUGCAGGCAGUGGCUUAUAUAGCAUUUCAGAUUUGCAAUUAACUGAAGUUUCUAAGUACAUAAUGUAAAUACUUAUAAUAUAUACUAUUCAUAUUUUUUAUCACCAGUUGUUUUGUGCUAGAAUUUCUAGUCAACCUGAUGCCAGUACAACGUGAUUAGAAAAGCAGGUUUUUCAUGCCUAUGCUAUACGAAGAAGCGGCUUCUUUUGUGGGAGGAAAUAAAUGAAAGGCAAUUGCGUCAAUAGAAUUUGAAAAAUGUUGGCAGAAAAAAAAAGGCAGCGAUAGUCAGCCGUGUCAUUAUAAGGCAUGUUGUGUGGCCUACCAGAAAAAUAUCAAAACUGUUUAUAUCUUACAAAUCAGGGUACUAGCAGCACUAGAGAAAGUGACACUUUCAGACAAAAGAAAGCAGUCAAACCCGUAACAUUUAAACAGUCUCACUUUUAGUGCUAUUGGCAAGAAGGAAAAAAUACACACACACACCAAGCUUGUAAAAUUAAUUCUGUAAGAUAAGUCACGUAAAUUAUUUUAUUUCCCAAGUUGAAAUACCUAUAACUGGACUGUUGUGCUGAUUUUAAUGGUACAUUUGAAACAGAUUUAAACUGUGAUUGGAAAAGAGACUGUGAAGCUGGGAGUCAUGUUGCUUCAUGAUCUACCACUGUACAAAUAAAAAUAAUGAGUCUGAUACAUGGGAAGAUUCAUAUGAAAAUAGCAUGAAAUAAGCUGUGUUCCCAAAUUGCAAAAUAAGACCAGAACUUCGUCCAAGAAUCACCCAGGGAGACCUCCACGUCGGAAAUCGGGCCCCUGUUUUCCCGGUUAUU